AUGAAGCUAUUAAAACUUAGGCGGAACAUCGUAAAACUCUCUUUGUAUCGACAUUUCACCAACACACUUAUCUUAGCAGUGGCAGCAUCUAUUGUGUUUAUCAUCUGGACAACCAUGAAGUUCAGGAUAGUGACUUGUCAGUCGGAUUGGCGGGAGCUGUGGGUGGAUGACGCCAUCUGGCGAUUGCUGUUCUCCAUGAUCCUCUUUGUCAUCAUGGUUCUCUGGCGACCAUCCGCGAAUAACCAAAGGUUUGCCUUUUCACCAUUGUCUGAGGAAGAGGAGGAGGAUGAACAAAAGGAACCUAUGCUGAAAGAAAGCUUUGAAGGAAUGAAAAUGAGAAGUACCAAACAAGAACCAAAUGGAAAUAGUAAAGUAAAUAAAGCACAGGAAGAUGAUUUAAAGUGGGUAGAAGAAAAUGUUCCUUCUUCUGUGACAGAUGUAGCACUUCCUGCCCUUCUGGAUUCAGAUGAGGAACGAAUGAUCACGCACUUCGAAAGGUCCAAAAUGGAGUAA